AUGGGCUCAUAUCAACCCAAAGCACUCGGCAAUUCCCUACUGAAGGAGUUUCCCAUUGAUCGGACUUUUAGGAACCUGAACCAUGGUUCGUUCGGGACAUAUCCCAUUGCCAUAUUAAACAAGUUCCGCGAACUCCAGGACAAGUUUGAAGCAAGUCCAGACCGAUUCCUCCGUUUCGAGCUGGCAUUCUACUUGCUUGAGUCUCGCAAGGCCCUGAGCUCACUGCUGAACACGCCCGUCAACUCUACCGUAUUCGUCAAGAAUGCUACCACGGGCGUCAACACGGUGCUGAGGAACCUUGUCUACCAUCCGGGUGAUAUCAUUGUCUACUUCUCUACCGUGUACGGAGCAGUGGAGAAGCUUAUUGCCUCGCUGGCAGAAACGACUCCUGUUCGUGCUCGUAAGGUCAAUUAUGAGUUUCCAAUCAGCCAUGACGAACUGGUGCAGCGGUUCAUGGAUACCGUGACCAAGGCACGCAGUGAAGGAUUGAACGUCAGGAUCGCUGUUUUUGAUACCAUAGUUAGCAGCCCUGGAAUCAGGCUGCCGUUCGACGUGGGCCAAUUCCCCUUGACCUGGGUAAGUUGGAUCCUGACUUUUUCGUCAGCAAUUGCCAUAAAUGGCUUUUCGUUCCCCGUGGAUGUGCAGUGUUUUAUGUCCCGCAACGCAACCAGCAUCUCAUCCGUACAACUGUACCAACCUCCCACGGGUUUGUGCCAGUGCCACGCAUAA